CCCCUGCUAGGGCUAUUUAAUGGUACGUUCCCAGUGACAGCUCGAGCUGGGCUAACUCUCAUGCUCCAGGCAGCAUUGGAAACAGAGGCAACCUUUAACAAGCCGACACAAUAAUUGUCCCAUUUUGCUAAACUUGUCGACUAUCAACCGCCGACAUGUGUGCUGCCAAAAGGGGAGACUUGUCUCCGAUUGAAAAGGAGUUGAUUGACGUCAUCUCGGCAGGAAAUGUCCAAGAGGCCUCAAGACUGCUGGGCUGCAAAGAUGUCAGAGUCAACUGUUUGGAUGAGUGCGGCAUGACGCCGCUCAUGCACGCUGCCUACAAAGGCAAAGCAGACAUGUGCAAGUUGCUUCUGCAACACGGCGCCGACGUCAACUGCAACCAACACGAGCACGGCUACACGGCGCUCAUGUUCGCUGGCCUGUCGGGGAAGAUGGACAUCACGUGGAUGAUGUUAGACGCCGGGGCGGAAACUGACGUGGUCAACUCUGUAGGAAGAACCGCUGCGCAGAUGGCAGCGUUUGUUGGGCAACACGACUGCGUCACUGUCAUCAACAACUUCUUCUCCCGCACCCGACUCGACUACUACACCAAAGUUCAGGGUUUGGAGAAAGAACCAAAGUUGCCACACAAAUUGGCGGGACCCCUGCACAAGGUCAUCAUGAGCACCAACCUCAAUCCAGUCAAGAUGGUGAUGCUGGUGAAGGAGAACCCGCUGCUGGCCGAGCCGGAGGCUUUGGACAAGUGUCGGCGCGUAAUGGAGCUUAUCUGCGAGAAGUGCAUCAAGCAGCAGGACAUGAACGAGGUGCUCGCCAUGAAGAUGCACUACAUCAGCUGCGUGCUGGGCAAGUGUGCCUCCUUCCUUAAGGACCGCGAUGACAAGCUGGACGGCCUUAUGAAGAGCCUUUUAAAGGGUCGAGACGACGACGGCUUCCCGGUGUACCAGGAAAAGUUUGUCCGAGAGUGCAUCCGCAAGUUUCCCUACUGCGAUGCCACCCUGCUGCAGCAACUGGUCCGCAGCAUCGCCCCAGUGGAGAUUGGCAGCGACCCAACCGCGCUCUCAGUGCUGACUCAGGCCGUCACAGGUCAGGUCGGCUUCAUGGACACAGAGUUCUGCACGUCGUGCGGGGAGAAGGGAGCUGAGAAGAGAUGUUCAGUCUGUAAAAUGGUGAUGUACUGUAACCAAGUAUGUCAGAAGAUGCACUGGUUCACUCACAAGAAAGUGUGCAAGAAGCUUCAAGAGCAGCGAGAGGAGCAGGGAGCACAGGCAGACAAUGUCAGGAUGGCGCAAAGCACAGAGGAGAAUGCAGCAGUUCAGGAUGCCUCAGACUCCAUGAAGCAGCUCUCCACAGAGGACGAGAGCGAAGUUGCUCCUCUGGAGACCCCAAGCUCCGCCCCCAUGCCCACAGCCGACAAUUGAGGAGCUCCGGUGACCGUGGCCUGCUCCAGAACACAUCCGUUUCUCCAGAAGCAGCGAGCUGACUUGCUGUGGUGCUGAAGACCACCACAUGCACUGUUCCAAGAGAAGCCUGCAAGAAGACAGUUGAGGUGUUGAGCUCUUUGUUCUUGUUCUUUAAAUACCCGGCUAUCUUGUUGUGCGUGAAAAACAGUUUCAUGUUAGACCUCACAGAGGCGCAGUCCUUGCUGAGAGAAAAAAUUCUGCCUUAAAAAAAAGUAGCAGAGCCAAGAGUGACAAGAGUUGUUUUGUACUCAUUGCCUUCCUUGUGGGUAGUGUUGACCAAAAAUGUCUAUUUUGAAUAUUUAUACAUUUUGUGAUGAUGACAUGGUGAUGGCUGUCACAACCACACGUUUGAAUAAAUUCAACACUGAUUGGUGCAUUUUCACACUUGAAA